AUGCGUCUACCCCGUCCAUGCUCACCUUUGGAGGAUGAACCUUUUGAUAUGGACAGUGACUCAUCGGAGAAGUCUUUUCGACCUGGCUCAGAUUCCUCUAGUGGGUCGGAAUCAGAAGCAGACCCAGCCACGAUGCAUCCAAUGUCACUCGAAACCCCACGCCUUUCCUUGAAUUGUCACCAGUCUAAGCGCCGCCAGAGUCUCAGCACUCCGGAAGACUAUAGCGACGAUCCAGAUGAUGACACUGAUGAAGAUAUACAAGAUGUCCCUCUGGAUUACGGGCGUUCAGAAAAAACGAAGGCCCGAGGGGACCGGAUUGAGCGGCGAUGGCAAAAAUAUUGUAGAGUCAAAGCUAGCGAAGUGGACGCACUACAAAAAUGGAACGACCCAAUUGAGGCUAUUCGUCUCCUUGAGCCGAAUGAUGCCCAUCGAUUUCUCAACUACUGCCUGAAAUUGACGACUGGUCAAGACCGUCGUCGUCUAAAAGGUAUCAAGAAAGCGAGCGCUCUCAUUGCUGAAUGGAAAUCUUUUCGAGGCUUUUAUCGGAGGAAAACGCGAACCAGUAUUACACCAGAGCAUAGUGAGGAAAUUAAUGCUGGAAUUCGGAAACUCAUAGAUAAAUAUAAUCUCGAUCGGCUUGAUCGAGAGAAGAUACCGGUAUAUGUUCAAGAUCUCACUGAAUUCAAUGAGACUGUGCUUCGGACUUCAGAGAAGCGGUUCCAUUAUGGAUACGAGCGCAUCCAAAUUUGUCUUUUUACAAUGCUUGGAAUAUUCACAGUGAACCGCCUUAGCGCUCUCCUCGCGCUUCAAUUUAAGCAUUUACAAUUUUCAAUCCAGAAAGAUCCUGAUGGGGGCCCUCCCGUUCUCUUGGUGGAGAUUAAAUCUGAACACACCAAGAAAUUCCUAGGCACAUCACAAAUGAACAACUUCCCUCUUCCUGAAAUCAUUGAUGAUCCCACACUCAUUUUCAGUCCUCAUUUUCCUGGUCUUGACUCGAUGGAACAACUUCGACAGCUCUUUAUUCAAAAUGGCCGCCAGCAGAUGGAACUACCUCUGAAGACUGAAGUUGAAAACAGCUAUGUCUUCUGUAAGACUAAUAUAGUGAAUGGAGAGGCAGUUCUUCAGUGGGAUAAGCCAAUGACUGAAGGCGUUAUGUCUGGGCGGUUAAAAACUCUCGGCGAAAUUCAUGGAUGGCUCCACUCGAUGUUUGCGCACCGUUUUCGUUAUGGCGGAGGAAAGAUGCUGAACGAGAACGAUACAGUUAGUGAAGCACAGCAGAAUUUGAUUAUGAAGCACGCCAAUAUCCAGACUUUUCUUAACCAUUAUCUCCCACGAAACAUCGAUACGGAUAUGCAGAAUGUUAUGAAUGGCCGCGCAUCUAACAAGAAUAUGAUGCGUGCGAUUACCCGGAUGAGCAGAUGGAUCGAUAGAAGACGACCCCGCCACCUGACUGUGGAGCAACGAGCGUCUCUUCGUGAGCACCCAGACUAUAUGGAAGCCACACGCAAAAUGAAUGACCAAGCAAAGCUUUGUGUGGGGACCGCUAGUGACAAAAUGCAGGCACGUUUGGAAGAAUUGACACGCGAAAGGGCCAACACAUUGAGUCGGCUAGGAAGGGCCUUGCAAAAGAAGACAAGGACAGAGUUUGACCGGAAACAAGCAAUCAUCGAUAUCGGAAAUCAGCUUUCUGGAGCUUCAAUUGAAAAAAAGGAGGCGAAAGAGGCUCAAAAGACAGAAGACGCAAUGCUGCCAGAGCAGAUAGAACUUGUCGGAAAACUUUUCACAUGGCCAAUCAACCCUUCCUUAGAGGCAGAGUGCCAACGCCGGAACACCGCUGUAGCAGCGAUAUCACAAUACUGUCCUACCCUUGAAGGCGGGCCUCUACGCGGCCGGCGAAAACGGAGAGCCCCAAGUGAUGGUUUUGACAAAGAAGUCGCUGUGGUAAAGCGCCCGUCUGGAACGAAAUGUGAGUCUUCUGUGCCUUGUCACAGAGUGACUCUCUUAGAAGAGGCCGAAGAGCAUAUCAGGACAGCAAAAACGCCGCAGCGCUGCUUCCAAUGCUAUGGUAAUACCCUGCUUCCCAUACAUCGUCGCACGCAGGAAUGGAGCGCAUACAAAUCGACUCUGCGACAUUUCCGGGAAAGGCAUUUGAAGGAUCGGCAUUGCAAUAUGUGCAACGAAGAUCUCUUACAUGAGAUGCAUCUUCGGAGACAUGCUCAGGAUGUCCACCGUCUUUGUACACAACGACCGGGCUAUGGUGAGGUGAAGUAG